ACAUGCUGAUCCGGACAUCGGACAGAGACCGAUCAUACAAAAAGAUACUCACUUUACAUCCAUGCGCCGGCUUGACUACCGUGAGGUGGAAUUUCGCAAGCAUCGGAUUGUGCCUUGGGUUCUGGAUUUUGGAUCAGCGACACGUCAUGCUAAUCCCAAGGCUCCGACACUGUGCAGGCAAGGGAUGUAACAUGGGUAAACAAAACCUUUCUCGUCUCCUCGUCGACACUGCCCUAAAUCAACUUGCCAACCACCGCAUCUCGUACAAGUCCCAAUGCUAUCAGUGUGGAUUGGGCAGCUUUGCCUCGACUUGCCCAAACCCAUGCCGACUAGUCGACCAUAACUGCGUAUGGCUCCUGAUGAAGCCGCAUCCACUUGCUGUUAUACGGCGUGUCAUCGACAUAUACGCGUUCGUGCCGUGCAUGGAACUGGAUUCCCAUGAAGCGUGCUCAAGGAGACGCGACGACUGCAGUGCCGCCGCCAAAGUCUUCGCCGCAGACUGCCCCACGAAGAGCCGCUCGACUUUAUCCCGCUCUGUCACUUCUCUCGAUAAUAUUUCUCUUCCUCUCAUCUGCAACUGGUAUUACUUUGUCUGCUAUCGUUUUGUAUCACAACCUCGAGUCUGCUGAGGUUUUGGAUCCUCUCAGCCGAGCCGUGUUCUUUGUCGCCUCAUGUAUUAGUCUCGUUUACGUCUUCACACAUAUUGUCGCCGCGAGGAUCGCAUACGUCAAAAGUGUCGAUUCUGCAACUGUCCACGGAAAAUAUGUUUCUGGAUUUGCUUUUCUGUUGGCACGGCUGGGCCUUCCUGUGUGGGCUGCGGCGAUUACACUGGCAAUAUUCGUUGCAGUGAAUGUUGGGCUAGACCUUUCGAAAGGCGUUAAGGAUAACGUUCCAUGGCUCAACGUCAUCAUAAGCAUUGCUUCUUUCUUUUCUCUGGCCGCAGUACUCGUCGUUAUUGAAAUGGCAAACCGUCCUUUUGCGACCUUGGGGUUUUCUCAAUCUUGGUUCAUCCGAGAAGACGACACAUCAGCGUACUUCAAAAACGACGACUUGGAGCCAAGCAAAGUAGAAGCAGCCGCAUCUUUCUGUGGAAAACGGGAAAAAAUAUGUGAAAGAAACGAAUCUCCAGAGAAACAAGAACGGAUGAAGCGCAAAACUUUGACAAAGACAAACCACCGAGAAGCUCAGCAGAGAGUCGUGCGUCAUGCAAGAACCAUGUCAAUGCCAACUCCGCUGCGUACAGUCUUCGGGGAUCAAUCUAGAGUCUGCAUGCCAGAUUCUCCCUCUUUGCAUAGCGCUUUUGCCUGGAGACCUCCAACAAGGGCUGGCUCGACCCUCAAAGCAGAAGAGACAGAGCCAAUCCACAAUUGGGUCACUUGGCAAGAACAUGGCAACAUAAGGCAAGCGGCAUCUGACAUCUCAACUGAUGCAUCAGCACGCCUAAAUGAAGUCAUUCUUCCAUCUUUAGUCCUACACAAGGACUAUUCACCACGCCGUCAAUCACCACUCGAAGAGCAAACAGAAUAUGAUUUGCGGAGAUGGGCAGCAAUUGGCGUUCAAUCCCCCCCUUUUAACGGUGGUUUCCCUAUCGCUUUUUUCCAGAGACCCCUUACGCCUUUGAUGACAAUGGAGGAGGAGAACAGAAUCAUGAGCAGCGGGCCCUUGACUUCAAAUAGUGAUUGGGAAAUAAGCCAACAUCCCAGAACAAUGCAAGAUAAUCGACCAGCACGCUCGCAUGCAAUAGCAAUGUCAAUCUCUCCGAGAGUCAACUCAACAACUGAGAAAGAGCAUGUUGCUCCGUUUGCAUCUACGACAACUGUUUCCGAGGAACCGGCUAGUGGCUUACGUUCAGACAAUGGCGUGUUGCCGAAUGAGGGACGCCGGCGGCGGCGAAUCUCAAGUGAUGGGGUAGAUGAGGGCAGGCAUCUCACCUACAGGACGGAGAGCCAGAGAGAUUCGUAUCAUACUUUACAACUAAGCAAGCGACGUCCAGGCCGGCAUCAUCCGACAUGGGACAGAUAUUUGCCUGCACAGCGACCCAUCAGUCCAACGCCGACUGCGGAGUCUGUUAGGUCCAACAUCUAUAAUUUCUCAAGGCCUCGAACAUCGGCGGCAGCGAGAAUGCAGAUCAAGGUUGCGAGAAGACUACGCGAUGUAAAGCAACAAAAUAGCCGGCUGUCUGCGCACCACCUCGCAGACGAGCAGAUGCCGACUCCGCCCAGUACACCAGGUAGUCCUGGCACGCCUAGAACAAUAAGGGCCGCCGCCGUGAGAAAUCUUCAGGAUAAAAUUGAGCGAAGAACACAGGCGGAGCAACAAGAGAUCUACCGACGACCACCUUCGCCCGAGACUCCCCGCACUGCAAGAGCUACGGCCGUCAAAACCCUCCAGGAGGGGAUUGGUAAAAGAAUGUUACGACAAAAUGGAGCUGAAGCAAGGGAAAUUGCACCCUAGCAUAAUACCAUUAAUUGACCCAUGGACUACUCAAAAGAUGGCAUUUCUUUUCAACAUUCCUGCAAGCAGUAUAGCAUCUAAAUCACCGACAGCUCCUUAACAGUAUGAGACGGUUUUAUAAACUACAAGCAACUAAAAGACAAUGUUGUUUAUUUCUUGAAGAACACUUCAGACCAAGCCCAGCUUCCGUCUUUGGUAUACCUAGCCAGCGAGUUUGCUAGCGAGUAAAGCUGUCUCUAGUACCGUCUGUAACUCAAGGCGCAAGGUUCUUCACAACCUUAGUAGUAACAGAUUUUAAAGUCAUUAUACAGCUUGCAAUAAAGCCACUACAACCUUAGUAGUAGGUUAGACAG